GUGAGCUGCAGAUAAAACUGCCGGCCGGCACCUCAGGGGUCAAUCCCGCUCACUUUACACGGGGACUAGGGAAACAAAAGAAGGCUGUGACCAGAGGUCUUAAGAUUCCUGUCCGAGGGGCUGAGUUAGAGGUGGGAGGAGGGAGCAGCUGUCUGAGGAGGAGGAGAGCGACAGGCAGGGGAGGGGAGGAAGGCCAGGCCACAUCUGUCUAAGACCGCGCUGGACGGGAGGUGGAACGGAGCUGAGGGGAGCCAGAGGGUCAGAGCAGGAGGUGACGGAGACACACACACACACACACACACACACGUCCUUCGGUCAGAGCCCUCCGACGUGAGGAGCUGGAUCCCGCCACGCCGGGCACCGAAGGGGGCUUCUGGCCGAGCCCCGGGGUCCCCGGGCUCGGACCCACCGGACCCGAAGAGUCGGGGAGCGGAGCGGGCGGUCGGCCCGUGGGGACGGACCCCCCGACCCCCGCCGCCCCGGCCUCCUCGCCUCUGGCCGACCUCUCUGCCUCCCCGGCCGGGUUCCCGGGAUGGAGGAGGGAACGGAUUUCGACAGCUACUACGGGGGAGAAAACCAGACGUCCGAUUGUGAGUACGCGGAGUGGAAGUCCUCGGUGGCCCUGAUCCCGGCCAUCUACAUCUUGGUCUUCCUCCUGGGCACGACGGGCAACGGCCUGGUGCUGUGGACCGUCUUCCGGGGCCGGGAGAAGCGCCGCUCGGCGGACACCUUCAUCGCCAGCCUGGCCGUGGCCGACCUGACCUUCGUGGUCACCCUCCCGCUGUGGGCCACCUACACCUACCUGGACUACAACUGGCCCUUCGGCACCUUCGCCUGCAAGCUCAGCAGCUACCUGAUCUUCGUCAACAUGUACGCCAGCGUCUUCUGCCUCACGGGACUCAGCUUCGACCGCUACCUGGCCAUCGUGCGGCCGCUGGCCAACGCCAGGCUGAGGCUCCGGGCCAGCGGGAUGGCGGCCACCGUGGGCCUGUGGGCGCUGGCCGCCCUCCUGGCCUUGCCGGCCAUGGUCUUCCGCUGGGCGGGGGACCUGGAGAACAACACCAAGGUGCUGUGCUACAUGGACUAUUCGAUGGUCGCGGCCUCGGGGGCCGAAGGCGCCUGGGAGGUGGGCCUGGGGGUCUCCUCCACCGCGGUGGGCUUCGUGGUCCCUUUCGCCGUGAUGCUCACCUGCUACUUCUUCAUCGCCCGCACCAUCGCCGGCCACUUCCGGAAGGAGCGCAGCGAGGGGCUGAGGAAGCGCCGGCGCCUGCUCAGCAUCAUCGUGGUCUUGGUGGUGACCUUUGCCCUCUGCUGGUUACCCUACCACCUGGUGAAGACGCUCUACAUGCUGGGCAGUCUCCUCCACUGGUCCUGUGACUUUGACCUCUUCCUCAUGAACGUCUACCCCUACUGCACCUGCAUCAGCUACGUCAACAGCUGCCUCAACCCCUUCCUCUACGCCUUCUUCGACCCCCGUUUCCGGGAGGCCUGCGCCGCCAUGUUCUCCUGUUACGGCCACAGUGGGUGCUGGGGGGCCCCUUCCGGUGCCGGGGAGAAAUCCGCCAGCUAUUCCUCGGGGCCCAGCCAGAACCUGGGAAAGGGCGGGGAGCAGCCCCUGGAGAAACCCAUCCCUUACAGCCAGGAGACCCUCGUCUCUGACCAGCCCUAGGGGGAAAGGCCACCCCAAACUUUGCCCUCUCACCUUUACCCCCUGCAAACCAGGUAGAGUGAUUGCUCCUCUCGCUUCUCACUGUCCUUCCUCUUCUCUCUCCCUCCCGCCUCCCCUGCCUUAGCUCCUUCUUCGCCACCAGUCCUCUCCAUCUCCCCCUCGUCCCCUUUCAGCUGCCCAAACACUUUUAUUCCUUUGCCCCUCGAUUCCCGCACCUUCCCCCGGCCUCUCCGCCUCACUCCCUUUCUAUCUCUAUCUUCCAAUCCCCCUCGCUUAUCCUUUCACAUCCUCUCGCUGUUUGGAGCAGGGUUGGGUGACGGGUCGCCGACUGGGUCUCUCUCCCCCUCCGGGAUCUUCGAUACUUGCCUGAGGAGAGACUAGGCCGUACCCGAGGCAGGAAGUCAGAUCCCGGGGCCUGUGGCUCAGGGGCUCAGGUGUUGCUGUGAGAGAAAAAGUCUCACUCUCCCUUCAGAGCGGCAGAGGGAGGAGCCGAACGGAAAGUCGGAGCGGUUUCCCUCCUCCGACACUCUGCUUCUUCCCUCCCCCUCUGCUGCAAGAGAACACUUUCUCUCUGACCCUCCACCCCAUGGGACCGGGCUGGGUGGGGGGCAGAGGUGAGAGGUUACGGAUACUAUGGAGAUCUCAUUCUGUGAGCAGCCUGGGAGGUCAGGAGUAGCAGGGGAUGGGGAGGAAGGAAGGAUGGGAGACUGAUCAGGUGUCUGAGUGAAAAGUUUUAUAUCUCUUUCUCCUUCCUCGGGUCGAGUUGUAAAGUGCUGCCGGAGCAGACUCCCACUUGCCAAGCCCGGGGCUGGUUUCCUAUGAGGGCAUUUGACUGGGGCGGUGGGAGGGAGGGUGAGUGUGUGUGUGUGUGUGUGUGUGUGAGAGAGAGAGCGAGAGAUAUGCUUUGCUUCUUCCUUUACCCCCAUCCCCACCCCACGCUUCCGUUCCCUUGAUGAGUCAGGAACGAGGCGGCAACACAGAAUUCAAGGGCUCGAGCGGCUGGCUCAUCCGUUGAUGGGAAAAGUCUGAGGGCCGGGUGGACACCCUAACCCCCCCACCCCGCCAACCCAACCCCGGGUCCCAUGCUGAGCUUACUGUACCCUCCCAAGGAGACCCGGUGGGUGCUUGGGGAUGGAAGUGUGCAUUUCAGGGGACCCUCGUCCCCUUCCCUCAGACAAGAAGAAUGGGGUCCCACACCCAGUUUCUGCCUUGUACUGUGCUUUCCCUGCCCCGCGAUCCUUCUCCCGACAGGUUUAUUUCCGGCUUGUUAGCGUCCCACUCGCUUUCUCCUAUUCCAGCGGGAACCUAUAGGCCCCUCAGGAGCUCGGACCCCGGUGGACUCUCUGCUCCCUUCUUGGAGUCGGUGGAGUGGGAAAAUCGAGGGAGCAAGAAGGGGGCUCUGGCUUCCAGUUGUAGCCCAGCAGCGACCAUGGGAUCUGCUUUACUCCAGAGACCGCGAUGGAACUCCGGAAGUGGGCCCGAGGCGGGAUGGGAGGUAAGAGGGGAGCUGGCUCUCACAGGGCAGGAAGGCACGGGCUUCGUUGGCCAAGGAUCCUGGACCGAAACCAGUCUACCCUGGGCUUCAUCAGUUGACUCUGGGAUGAAACCUAGCAUCUUUCACUGAAGGGGAGAGCCAGGCCUUCUUCCCAGCUGAAGGGAUGGGGCAUCAUCGGGACGGUCUCUGUCAUUCUCUGACCCCUCGGUCAUUGUAAUUCAUAAAUAAAAUGUUUUAAAUGAA